UCAUCUUCAAUUGCUACAAGAAAGAAAAAGACUGUGAUAGUUGACUUCUGUUCUUACAGAAUUCUCGGAAAACUCGAAACAUUGUCUUCACACACUUCAUAAUCCCAUUCCUCUUUCGUGCUGUUUCCCAAACCACACGAAAAUGGGGGAAUUAUACCACCAUAACAACCAAAUCUUCGACAUCUCAAUCGACGUCCCCCACGGCGGCGCCACCAAGCUCUACGACGACGAUGGCCGCCCCAAGCGAACUGGAACCCUUUUCACGGCUACUUCACACGUCAUAACCGCCGUGAUCGGAUCGGGAGUUCUGUCUCUGGCUUGGGCCACUGCUCAAUUGGGAUGGAUUGCGGGCCCCGCAAUGCUCUUCAUGUUCUCCUUUGUCACAUACUACGCUUCCACCCUUCUCGCCUCAUGCUACCGCUCCGGCGACCCCGACACCGGCAAGAGGAACUAUACUUACAUGGAUGCUGUUAGGUCCAACCUAGGUGGGGUGCAUGUUAAGCUAUGUGGGGCAGUUCAGUACUUGAAUCUCUUUGGGACUUCUAUUGGCUACACCAUCGCUGCUUCUAUAAGCAUGAUGGCUAUUGAGAGGUCAAAUUGCUUCCACACAAAAGGGCAUGAAGAUCCUUGCGAAGUCUCUAGCAAUUCUUACAUGAUUGCAUUUGGUGUGUUGCAAGUGAUUCUCUCACAAAUCCCCAAUUUUGAUGAGAUUUGGUGGCUCUCUAUUGUUGCUGCUGUCAUGUCCUUCACUUACUCCCUCAUUGGCUUAGGCCUUGGAAUCUCCAAAGUUGCUGAAAAUGGGCAAAUCAGAGGAAGCCUCACAGGAGUGAGCAUUGGUGAAGUCACAGAAAUGGAGAAGGUUUGGAGAAGCUUCCAAGCACUUGGAGCAAUGGCUUUUGCCUAUUCUUACUCAAUGAUUCUCAUUGAAAUUCAGGACACAAUCAAAUCCCCACCAUCUGAGUACAAGACAAUGAAGAAGGCCUCCAUGAUAAGUGUAUCUGUCACCACCAUCUUCUACAUGCUCUGCGGCUGCUUCGGCUACGCAGCCUUCGGUGACAUGUCCCCGGGCAACCUCCUCACCGGCUUCGGAUUCUACAACCCCUUCUGGCUCCUGGACAUCGCCAACGCAGCCAUAAUCAUCCACCUCGUUGGUGCCUACCAGGUCUUCUGCCAGCCCUUAUUUGCCUUCGUUGAGAAAUUCGCACAAGAACACCUCCCAGAGAACACGUUCUCCGUCAUAAACAAGGAGAUCCCGGUCCCAGUCCCAGGCCUAAAGAGCCCCUUCAAGCUCAACCUGUUCAGGCUUGUGUGGAGGACCGUGUUCGUGGUGACAACGACCGUGAUCUCCAUGAUCAUGCCGUUCUUCAAUGACGUCGUGGGGUUACUCGGGGCGUUGGGGUUCUGGCCCCUCACGGUCUUCUUCCCGGUCGAGAUGUAUAUCAGUAGCCACAAGAUUCCUAAGUGGAGCUCAAGAUGGAUCUGUUUGCAGAUGUUGAGUGGGGCUUGUUUGAUCAUAUCUAUUGCUGCUGCUGCUGGCUCAGUUGCUGGAGUUGUUUCUGAUCUCAAGGUUUAUAAGCCUUUCAAGACUAGCUAUUGAGAUCAUUGGUUUGAUUCUAAGAUAUGAGGAGUUGCAAGAUUAGUUUUUUUUUUCAGUAAAUUGAACCCAAAAAUGGGUUGUUUUUAGCUCCAUUGUGUGACAGAGAGGGGGGAGUUAAGGAUCCAUACAUAUGUAAUAUUUUAAGUGUAAUUUCAUCUAUUUUUUAGGUGAUAUACUAUGUAUUGUUACUUAAUGAAAUUCCUCAAAGUCAGAGACUUUUUUUAUGAA